AUGGAAAACAGUUCUCAGCGAUGCGAAUGCGAUCGGUGGUCCCGUGGUGUAGCGGAGGGCUUUGCGAUGAGGAUAGAAUGGAAAACCGUUCUCAGCGAUGCGAAUGCGAUCGGUGGUCCCGUGGUGUGGCGGUUAGCACUCAGGACUCUGAAUCCUGCGACGGACCUAGUCUUUUGCGCAAAGUCUUCAAUACUUCGUCAUCGUCAAGAGGGCUUUGCGCUGAGGAUAGAAUGGAAAACCGUUCUCAGCGAUGCGAAUGCGAUCGGUGGUCCCGUGGGACCUAGUCUUUUGCGCAAAGUCUUCAAUACUUCGUCAUCGUCAAGAGGGCUUUGCGAUGAGGAUAGAAUGGAAAACCGUUCUCAGCGAUGCGAAUGCGAUCGGUGGUCCCGUGGUGUAGCGGUUAGCACUCAGGACUCUGGAUCCUGCGCAAGGUCUUCAAUACUUCGCCAUCGUCAAGAGGGCUUUGCGAUGAGGAUAGAAUGGAAAACUGUUCUCAGCGAUGCGAAUGCGAUCGGUGGUCCCGUGGUGUAG